GGCCUAGCAUUUUCCAUCGGCCACCCUGCCGGCUCGGGCGCAGCUAUGGUGGGUGUGCUCGUUGCCACUGUGUUUAUCAUUUGCCACCUUCACUUGACGGAGAAACAUGUACGGUGCGACCUUCAGCGAUUCUUUCAAACAGUUUCGGGUUGUUUCAUGGCUCAGAGGCAUUCUUCAAAUCAGAUGAGAGUGGAAAAGGAGCUUCACAGAAUGCGGUGUGAGAAUUACCUCAGUGCCGUUAGAUUCACUGUGCAUUUUGCCUUCAUGGUGACCCUUGGUCCACUGCUCCACUUCGCGAACAGCCCCAACUUGUCGAGCGCUCUUGGAUUCUUGAUGCCGGCAACUGGCUGGUGUGUGGACAUGUCGUUCCACAAAGGAUUGUUCCGCUGCACAUCGCGCAACGUGCGUGCAGCGAUCACGGUGAAUCUGAUCGCGGUGACUUUGAAUACCCUCUUUGCAACGCCUCAGAGUCGGGAGGAGUUGGCUGCGCUUGAGAUCCAGCAAAUUGCGGCCAACCUGUUGACCUCCAUGGUGAGUGUGGAUUGCUUGUUCACUGUGCCUUUCUGCGGUAUCGCCUUCAUCGUGGCCUUGUACAAGCAAGCCGUGAGUCCCUUCGGACCCGACAUGGAUGACCUGGCUGCUACGGCCAUCGUGGAGAAAGCUGCUGGACAUCUUCUGGUGGCCCUUGCAGCUGUGUUCAUGGAGCGAUCCGUGCGCGCAAGGAUUCUGGCUGACUUGGCGUCCGAAGAUUCCAGUCGUUUGUUGUCCAGCUUCCGUUGUGUACUCAAAGGAGUUUGCGAAGGAGAAGUCGUUUUGGACAGCACUUGCAAGUUCGUUGGCAGGACGGAGUGCUUGGAGCAGUUGUUAGGCCUGGCACCGGAAGAACUCACCUCAAAGACGUUCGUCGAUUUGUUGCAGGAUGAGGACAGCCAUCAAAAGUUCUCUCAGUUCAUAGCAGCGAGUGAGGAAACUGCCUCAAUCCCUGCAGGGCUGCGGGUGUCGUUUCAAACAGCCCAUGGUAGCCCGUGCUCAGUAGAUCUUUUCCAUGUCCUGGUGCCCAAUCUCUUCCAAGAAGAUGGUCAGGCGCAGCAUCUUAUUGUUUUGAAAGAAGAUGCCGAAAGCAGGAUCCGACGAGCAGAACCCGAUGGGGAAGCCUGCGACAUCAUCCGGGAUUGGCACGCUCGAAGGUUGGCCUCUGAAGGUCCUUCCUCCGAAGGUGACACUUUGGACGUUUACGAGGAACUUCAAUGUAUGACUUUGCUGGUGAACCCUGAGGACUUUGGUGACAUCGAGGAGGCGCAUUUGAAAUUCCAGCGCCAAAGCUCGGAACCACAGAUGCGGCUGGGAAUGCCCACGCUGAGGCGUUUUACAGUCUCCACCGAUUGGAGCAAUCUUCGGCAGAAACUGCAGUUUUACCUUCAAGCCGUUCGAGAGCAACAAGCACCAGAGAGCAUGCUCCUAGGGCCCUUGCUCUUCAGAUUGCCAGGGGAAUCCAGGAGCUUUUUGCAAGCGAGACAUGUAUCUCUUAGCCCGGCUAUGGGGCAUGGACCUCCUCGUUUUUGGCUGCUGAUGAAGGACUUCAAUCCCACCAGGGUACGGAAUCUAAAACUGCAAGCAGACAUCCGGGAUUGGAGCCGUGCAGAUCACCCGCAGCUGAUGGCCGCAGUUCAGCCCGGGGCAACUGACUUUGCUCUGUGAAGAUCCAGUUUUUUUUGUUUUUUUAAAUACGCGGCUAGACAUGCUUAGACAUAGGAAUCAUCAAAUUGAGCAUGUCAGCUGCUCCAGAGCCAGUCGGCCGCUGCGGAAAAA